CACUUCACAGUUCUGAUUAGAAUUAAUAAAAUAAGAUACUUAUCUCAUCUAUCUGUGGUACCUCAAACAAACGCACAACAUCGAGCACUUUUUUGUACGUCGCACAUACAGUCGCGUGAACUACUUGGUGGCAGUCAGAGCUGUCUGCUACAACUGUGCCUACCUGCUGUCAAACUUUGUUUACAUUUUAAAAUCUCUUAUUUUGAACUUCGAUGUGUUUAAUUUUUUGAAAAGUAUUAAUGAAAGUAACAUGGCUCUCAUCUCAGAUGACUUAAGUGUCAAUCUCGUACAGCUUGCUGCCGACUAUGUGAAGAAGCCUUUCGCUGAAGUUGACAAAGAGCAACGAACAAUUGCUGUGAAAAAUGCAUCAAUUUUCGGACAAAUCCUUCCAAUUGUUGAAGCAUUUGUUAGGGCACCAAAUGAAAAUUCAUCGGUUUCUACUCUUUCUGACAACUUGCAUCACCUGUCGCUUUCAAAGAAUUCAGUUGAGAAAUGUGUGGCAAUACUCAGAAGUGCAAAACUUGAAGUUCAUUCAGAUCAGGCUCUGCUGCAGCGACACUUUGACACAGUCAGAGAAAUGAAAUGGCGAGUGGAUAUAACAAUAUCAUCCAGUGCAUUAUCAAGGGUUCUAGAACCAAAUAUAAUAAUGGAAUUAAGGCUUGACAAUGGAAGGAGAAUUACAUUUGAGCUUUCAGUGUCCAAGUUCCACAAACUUAGAUAUACCGUAGCUUCUAUUUUGAAGGAAAUGGAUCUCAUGAAUUCUAAAAUGAGUGCCAUUAAAGUGUAAGCAUGUUAACUCCUCUGUAUUGUACAUUCUGUGUUACAAAAUUUUGGUAAAAAAUUGUAUUUUGCUAAGUUUAUAAAA